CUGGGUAUUUUUGUUGGUUUAUUUGUAUUUUCAUCAGAUGGCUUUUCUGCUUCUCCUGGUGAUGCUGACAGCAUGUGCUGCAACCCCUCAAGAUCUCUCCAGUAAAAUGUUCACUUUCCCGGAGGAAACCGAAACAGCUAAUGUGAGACUGACAACAUCAGGGCAGAUGUUCAAUGCUGUGACUGUCUGUCUCAGGUCCAUUACAGACCUUUCCAGAGCCUACUCCCUUUUCUCGCUGGCCACGCCCUCCUCUGACAAUGGCUUCCUGAUAUUCAAGCAAGCUACAGAUGAUAUAAUUGAAGUUAAUGUCAUGAAUACAGGUGCUGGAUUUCGAGGUCAGGACUACAAGCUCAACACGUGGCAUCCUAUUUGUUCCACAUGGGACUCUGAGUCUGGUCUGGCUCAGCUGUGGUUGGAUGGGAAGCCCUCAAUUAUGAAAUUCACUGGAGGAUCAAACAUCACGAACCCCAUUGUUAUCCUCGGACAGGAGCAGGAUUCCUACGGUGGAAAGUUUGACCGUAGGCAGUCUUUUGUUGGCAUGAUCACUGAUGUCCACAUGUGGGACCACACCCUCUCAUCCUGUGAGAUCCAGCGCUACGUGGAUGACCGAAACUUCUCCCCAGGGAACGUGCUGAACUGGAGGGCGCUGGAGUUCCAGACCACCGGACGAGUGCUGAUAGAAAAUAAACAAUUACCCUGUUACUAAAGCCACGCUACAACAAGACCUCCAUGCAAGGUCUUUUCUUUUGAGUAUAAUGCUUACACACUGCAGACCUUAACAGUGGUUAUGUAUAACUUUGCUUUGAGGCUUUACGCGGCUUGGAUUUCAAAAGAAUGAAUGACCUUUUUGUUGAUAUUCACCUUAACAGAUCAAUAAAAAUGUAAUCUUGCCACUGUUCAUUGCUAUUCUGGUGAUGUGGCCCAUAUUUGGGCCAGUUCUGUUUUUUUUUUCUUUUCUUGCGGCUAUGGUACAAGUGCCAUCAUUCCAUGUGUGUGGGCUAGAUGAACGUGUC